CGGAGUCCAGCUGUUCGGACGGGCCAACGGUCACUCCGUGACCGACGGACUGACCGCUUGCCGUCCGGAGUCCCUCCGUCUUCCCUCGUCCCAGCGCGGAGUUUCUCGGCGAGGAUGGCGGCCGGCCUGGACUCUCUGGAGGAGUGCCUGGAGCGGUAUCUGCCGCCCGCCGAGCUGGCCGAAGCGAAGCGGAUUCUUUACGGGGAGGCUGUCAGGCAACUGGAUUUGCCGUCUGCUGCUCUGUCCGCUGCUACAGAAAGGGAGUUUGACCUACAGGGCUAUGGAUUUGGAGCUGAACCAGAGCAGUUGAGGCCCCCGCGUAUUGUCAGGGUGGGGCUGAUUCAGAAUAAGAUCCAACUUCCUACAGAUGCACCAGUUGCUGAGCAGGUAACUGCACUACACAAGCGCAUAGAAGAAAUUGUGGAGGUUGCAGCAAUGUGCGGGGUCAAUGUCAUCUGUUUCCAAGAGGUCUGGACGAUGCCUUUUGCUUUCUGUACCCGAGAGAGGCUUCCUUGGACAGAAUUUGCGGAAUCAGUGGAGAGUGGCCCAACAGCAAGGUUUUGCCAAGAGCUGGCCAGGAAGCACAACAUGGUUGUGGUGUCUCCAAUCCUGGAAAGAGAUACUGCACAUGGGGAGACCUUGUGGAACACAGCGGUGGUGAUUUCGAACACGGGUGCUGUGCUGGGCAAGACAAGGAAGAAUCACAUCCCAAGGAUUGGAGACUUCAAUGAGUCAACAUACUACAUGGAGGGGGACAUGGGGCACCCAGUGUUCCAGACUCAGUUUGGGAAGAUUGCCGUAAACAUUUGCUAUGGGCGACAUCAUCCCCUCAAUUGGCUCAUGUACAGUCUGAAUGGAGCAGAGAUCAUCUUUAAUCCUUCUGCCACUAUUGGGAAACUCAGUGAAUCCAUGUGGCCCAUUGAAGCGAGGAAUGCAGCCAUUGCGAACCACUGUUUCACCUGUGCCAUCAACCGGGUGGGAACGGAAGUUUAUCCAAAUCCUUUUACAUCAGGAGAUGGUGGAGAGGCCCAUCGUGACUUUGGUCACUUUUAUGGUUCAAGUUAUGUGGCUGCUCCGGAUGGGAGUCGGACCCCUGGCCUCUCCCGCACCCAGGAUGGGCUUUUGGUGACGGAGAUGGAUCUAAAUCUUUGCAGGCAGGUUGGGGACAAAUGGAAUUUUAAGAUGACUGGGCGAUAUAAGAUGUAUGCUGAGGAACUGGCUGCAGUUGUGAAGCCUGACUUUGUUCCCAACAUCAUCAAAGAGUAGCUUGCCUCUGCUGCUGCUCAGGAAGGUUGAGAGAGAAACAUAUUGUCCUUCUCAUGUGACAUGGCAUGGCAUUCCCCCCCCCCCCCGCAAGAUAUUGUGCCUCAAAACACAUGGUCUGCCUUUUUAGGAGUACUUUCGAUGGGAUUCAAAUAAUUCCUUUGGGCCUGCUCAGUGGGACUUUGGGCUUUCUUUGAACCAGAUUCAUUCCCUCUCUGCCUCUCUUAUAGCAGAAGUUGCUUGAGGAAUGCACAACUGUUUGGCUGUGAGCCACUUUUUU